AGAGAGAGAGAGAGAGAGAGAUGGAGUGGUUAUACCCCAAGAGGAGGGGGCCAGAAUGGAAACAAGGGUGGACACGGCGGACCAUGGCCUCCGUCUCUGCGCCACCACUUCCAUUGCUUGCCAUUUUGGCCAUCGUAAUUUUCUUGCUGUCACUCUCUCAGUACACAGGCUACAAGCAGCAGUUGCAACAUUCUAUGAUCAACUUCCAACUCUCCCUCUUUUUGGUGCCCAUUAUGUUGAUGGUCUUCAUGAGUUUUUGCUUCAAUGGUGGGAUGUUGUUCAACUUCUGGUCUUCACACCCUAGGCAACAAGACUCACUUCAUCGAACCGGGGGCUCCGCCUGGGGUGUUGCUGUACUGCUGGUGGUGGUUCUGGUAUUGGUUUCUUACCAAUCCUCUUUCCACUCCAAGUGGUUUGCACAUAAUUAGAACUCUUGUAUGUAGUGUUGUUACGUUUUGUUUACUGAUCAUGUGGAAAUAACGAGAAGAAAGCCGUAUUACUUUGGUGAAUUAUUAGCUUUUACCCACAAGGUGUAUGUAAAAAGUUGUAAACUGUUACAUAAAUAUAUUUUAUAUGUGGAGACCGAAAGAGAAUUAGAUACAUGCAAGAUCAAGGCGCCAUGCCCCAUGGCGAUCUCCCUUAGAGAUCGACGAGACAUUCAAAAACG